UCGGACUAGGGUUUAUCAGUCUUCUUGUUCGAUACUUACUUACCCUUCAAUGGUUAACGGCAGCGAGGAGACCCGUUCUGAAUCAUUUUCCUAAGAAAUCAGUACCUAAAAUUAUGUCAAUUGCCAUUUCCAGCUUCUCUUUGUCGAAACUUAUCAUCUCCGCAAAAAACUUAGAUCUUUCUAACAACUGUCUAACUCAAAAUGCAAUUUUCGAAUUUCACGGCAGCUCUAAAAGCCCCAACUUCGUUGCCUUGAAUUAUUCGCUUAGGAACAAUGUAAACAUAUUCAGAUUUAAAUGCACCGGUGCUUCGGAUUUCAUAGCGACACCGCCUGCGUUGUUAGAGGAUGUAGAUGAUGACGGUGGUGAGGGUGGCGGAAAAGGACGGUUUCCGUCCGGCGGCGGCGGCGGCGGCGGUGGUGGAGGAGGAGAAGAGAAUGAUGAUGGUGGCGAUGAGGAUGAGUUUGGACCGAUAAUGAAGUUCGAGGACGUUGCUAGAGAGGCGGAGAAGCGCGGGGUUAAUCUUCCUGAUGAUAUGUUGGAGGCUGCAAAGACUAUGGGGCUUCGGAGGCUGGUUCUUACUCGGUAUUUGGAUUUGCAGGGAUCAGCUUGGCCACUAGGGUUUUUGAUGAGAUAUUGCUCAAUGCUAAGGGAUCGAAUGCUAGCUGAUCCUUCGUUCAUGUUUAAAGUUGGAACAGAGGUUGUCAUAGACUCUUGUUGUGCAACUUUUGCUGAGGUUCAAAAACGAGGAAAGGAUUUUUGGGCGGAGUUUGAGUUGUAUGCUGCUGAUCUUUUGGUUGGCAUUGUUGUUGACAUUGCUCUCGUUGGUAUGCUGGCUCCUUAUGUUCGUAUAGGAAAGAAGUCCGUUUCAAGUGGAUUGUUUGGACGCGUGCAACACGCCUGUGGAUCUCUUCCUAGCAGUGUUUUCGAAGCUGAGAGGCCGGGAUGUAGAUUUUCAGUGCAGCAGCGGGUUGCCACAUAUUUUUACAAGGGAGUGUUGUAUGGCUCAGUUGGAUUCGUGUGCGGCCUUAUCGGUCAAGGCAUUGCAAAUAUGAUAAUGAAUGCUAAGAGGAGCAUAAAGAAGUCGGAAGAAGAUAUACCUGUUCCUCCUUUAGUGAAAAGCGCUGCAUUAUGGGGUGUUUUCCUCGCGGUAUCUUCCAAUACGCGCUAUCAGAUUAUAAACGGAUUGGAGCGUGUUGUUGAAACGUCGCCUUUGGCCAAACGCCUCCCACCGGUUGCAAUGGGCUUCACGGUUGGCAUAAGGUUUGCUAAUAAUAUCUAUGGUGGGAUGCAGUUUGUAGACUGGGCUAAGUUGAGUGGUGUGCAAUAGUAGCAUUCCCUCCACCACCUAUUUCUUCAUGAUUUUGAUUGAACAGUUUUCUAAUUGGAACUUCUUUUCUAACUUGAUUUUUGUUUUGGUUUUCUUUUCUUUUCUUUUCUUUUUUUCUUGGAAAGUGGGGAAAAUAAUGUUAUUAAUCUUUUCAUUUUAUUUAGUUUGUCAGUUUGAUAUAUA